UACAGAAUACAUUCGUAAUGUCACUGCUGAAAAAGUGUAUUGGUUUAGAUCCUAAUAUACGGAAACCUUUGGAUAUUGGAUUGAUUUGGGAAGGAAAUUACUGGGAUGACAAAGAUGUUCAUGAUUGUUGUGAUGUAGACUGGGAAACAUGUGAGAUUUUGGUUCGAAAAAUAGCAAAAGCUCUUGUUCUCCCCACAUCUCCUAUUGACAACGGUGGCAUUGAAAACAAGAAAAUAUUGAUUUUUCUUCCAAAAGUUAUGCAACUUCCCUUGACAAUUUUAGCAGCAUAUCGAGUUGGUUUGAUUGGAAUUGUUAUGGACCCUCUUGUCUCAAAAAAUAAAGUUUUAGAAAAAAUAAUAAUGUGUGAAAAACCAAGAAUUGUGGUUACUGUAGACGCAGUUUGGCAGGCUCAAGAGCUCAUUGAAAUUAAAUCAAAAGUUGAGAAUAUUUGUGGAAUGGACGAAUCUCAGUUGUUAGUAAUCCGCCAUGUUGCGCCAAAUCAUGGAAUCCCGCCACCAAAGAAGCAUUAUCCGGCACGUAGACCAUCCUAUCGUACCACUUUAGAUUUAAGAAAUGGGAAAGAUUGGGAAUGGAGUACUAUAAUGGCUGAAAUUAAAAUGGAAAUGAAUCCGAAAAUUGAAGACUCGGAAUUCAAUUGGGAGAAUGAAGAUAUUGUUAUGAAGUUGGUUGAUGAAAAAGGAAAAGCUCAUCCAGUGAGCAAAGCGGAGCUACUCGAAUCGUUGGAAUCUCGAAAAUUGGGUCUCGAAACGAGAGUUCUCGACAAGUAUCACGAAAACCACGUGGCUUUCGAGAAUGUUUUGGUUUUGGAUGCUCCGCAAGACUUGGAGACAAUUGUCAAUUUACUUCUGCCAUGGUAUAUGGGAAAGACAUUAACAUUGUUCGAAGGACCUUUGAAUUACCCGGACUCGUCUCGUCUUGCACAAAUUAUUUCAAAGCACAAUGUUGAUAUUGUUCUCGGCUCGGACUACAACUACAGUAUCCCAAAUCCGGAAUAUCUCAAAUUAUUCCCUGUUCCUUCGCUGAAACUUGUUGAUCUUCCCAAUUUUGAAUCGAUUUCCAAUUAUCUUACAAUUUCUCGAUAACAAUUUAUUUGAAUCAAUUUCAUGGACAACAAAACAUUUGAAUAAUGAAUUUUCGCAAAAUUACAAAA